AUGAAUGAUUCUAUUAAAGGUGAACGUUGGGAUCGAACAGAAUUUGCUGACGAAGGUUCUGAAUCAACGACGAAGAAGUAUUGUAACAAAAAUACGACAAUAAGCAUGUCUAGCAAUGGCAGUGAUAAUUAUGCAGCGCUCGAAACAGCUUUACGAGACGCAAUAAUAUUUGGUAAUUCUGGUAACUCGACAGCUUUUGAUAAAUGUCUCGAUCACGCAGCAAAUAUAUUAACGAACUCAUUUUCGUAUUCCACCUGUUCUCAAGUAGACAGUACGGCUUAUGAGACGAAAACAUGA